ACAGAUGAAAGUGGUUCUUUCGCUCCUGCGAGUCGUCAAGGUGCCAAGCUGGGAGAGUCUUGGAACCAAUCGAUGUAGCACGCUGUCUCCUCAGACUGUUGUUAGACCGUCUUCGUCUACAUGCGGAUACAUUGAUCUUAUCCACACUUGUAGACGUCCAUGUUCACGUGAGAGGAUACCAAAUUCAAUAAGAAGAACGGUCCGGCCAGCAUCCUGGAGGGUGGACGAUUUCACGAUACCGACAUCGAGCUCGGCCUUCUUCUUCCCGCGCCCGCUGUGCCACUUCCGUCGACAUCACCAUCGCACAACGAAUAUUCGGUCGCGCGACUCGAGAAGCUCGCGCGUAUUCUCGACAUGAAGUUCUCGCACAGCAUCCAGUUCAAUGCUGUGCCCGAGUGGAGUAACAACUACAUCUCGUACAGCAAUCUCAAGAAAUUGAUAUACACGCUCGAGAAGAGGCUUCACCAAGCGAAUGCCAUUUCCGAAGAUGUCGAGGCCUCACCACUUCUAGCCGGCGAUUCUGAGGACCCUGACAAGGUCUUUUCGCGCGCCUUGGACCAUGAUCUCGAGAAGAUUUGUUCAUUCUACCAAUUGAAAGAGUUGGAAAUCUAUGGCGAAGUCGAGUCGCUGCUCAAGGACGAGCAAGACUUUGAGGAAGAGACACAAGAGCAGGAUGGAGAGCAUGAUGCAGGGCCCGCUGCACGGAACGGGACUCUGGCAAAAGCGAGGAAGGCCAGCAUGUUCAAAGGCUUCAGCAUCGGUCGCCGUCGUCGCGCUAGUACUCUGAGCGGCCACCAAGAAGAAGCAGACAGCGACGACGAACGCACCGGCCUGACCAAGUCAAACUCUCGCGAUGGAAACCCAUACGACAUGUCGGUAAGCUCUAACAUGGACUCCUCCUCGCGAAGGCGUCCGAGCAGCUCCCACGACUUCGACGACCAAGCCCUCGAUGUGCUGUAUAACGAGGGUGUGACCCUCAAGAAGCGCACUAUCAGUCUCUAUGUCACCUUGUGCGAGUUGCGCUCCUUCAUUCAACUCAACAAGACUGGCUUUGCAAAGGUGCUGAAGAAGUACGACAAAACUUUGGACCGCAAGCUUAAGAGUGCUUAUCUCAAGGCCAAAGUCGACACUGCCUACCCCUUCGAGCCAGAGACCACUGAUCGCCUGAACAUCAACAUCGAGAAGAUCGAGACCGCAUAUGCAGAUCUUGUGACCAAGGGCGACGUCGAUCUGGCUCGACGCGAGCUACGUCUUCACCUGCGUGAACACGUUGUCUGGGAACGUAACACCGUCUGGCGUGAAAUGAUUGGCAUCGAGCGAAAGGCCCAAGCCGCCAACAUGGGUAUCGGUCAGACAAUGUUGGGAGGUAUCGAAGAUCGAGGUAAGACACGCUUGCAGGGUGACGAGGAGCUGGCGGGCACCAAGGAGGUUGUUACACCUCUUGGUAAGUACAGAUGCCCUCGUUUCCUGCUGUCAAGCACUUUCUACACUCUGGUGGCUGUAGUGGCUGUCUUCUUCGUGUUGUUGUUUGCCCCUAUCAUGGAGUCUCCUGUCGAGCAGAAUUGUCUGGCGCUUGUCGUCCUUGUCAGUUUACUCUGGGCGACUGAGGCCAUUCCGCUGUUCGUCACCUCGCUUCUCGUUCCUUUCCUCGUCGUGGUCUUGCGAGUCGUCAGAUCAGAAGCCGAGCCCCAUCGUCGCCUCGAGUCUAAGGCUGCAGCUACUUACAUAUUCGGCGCCAUGUGGUCACCAGUGAUUAUGCUCUUGCUCGGAGGCUUCACUAUUGCUGCCGCUUUGAGCAAGCACAACAUCGCGAAAAUGAUGGCUACUUUCGUGCUUAGUAAGGCUGGCACGAAGCCUCGCAAUGUACUGAUCACCAGCAUGUUCGUGGCCAUGUUUGCAAGUAUGUGGAUCAGCAAUGUUGCUGCUCCCGUGCUUUGCUUCUCGAUCAUCCAGCCUAUCCUGCGUAACUUGCCUGCCGACUCGGACAUGUCCAAAGCCUUGCUUUUAGGUAUCGCUCUGUCAUCAAACAUGGGAGGCGCUGCCUCUCCCAUUGCUUCGCCCCAGAACUUGAUCGCUUUGCAAAACAUGACACCAGCGCCCGGUUGGGGAGUCUGGUUCUUCAUCGCGCUUCCCGUUUGCAUCAUCUCAAUUCUCAUGAUUUGGGGCUUGCUUCUGGUCACCUUUCGUCCCGGGCGUAACACGACCAUUGUGCCAAUCCGUCCUAUGAAGGAUAAGUUUACCCCUACUCAAUGGUUCAUCAGCUUUAUCACCAUCCUUACAAUCAUACUCUGGUGCUUCAGUCAUCAGCUUGAGUUCAUGUUUGGCGACAUGGGCGUCAUUGCCAUCCUUCCCAUGGUUGUGUUCUUCGGUCUGGGUAUUCUCAACAAGGAGGACUUUAACAACUUCCUCUGGACCAUCAUCAUUCUGGCUGCUGGUGGUCUCGCACUUGGAAAAGCUGUCAACUCAUCUGGACUCUUACACACGAUUGCAGAAUCCAUCACCUCUCGUGUUGAGGGAUUGGGGCUUUACAGUGUAUUGGUUGUCUUUGCUGCCCUGAUCGGUGUUGUGGCCACCUUCAUCUCACAUACAGUCGCCGCCCUGAUCGUGUUGCCUUUGGUCCAACAGGUUGGCGAGGGCAUGAGCGAUCCUCACCCUAAUCUUCUUGUCAUGGGCAGUGUGCUCAUGGCCUCGGCUGCUAUGGGCCUUCCUACUUCUGGUUUCCCAAACAUGACUGCGAUCAUGAUGGAAGAGCCCAACACUGGCAGACGCUAUCUCCAAGUCAAGCAUUUCAUCACCCGAGGAGUGCCUGCUUCGAUAAUGGCUUACGCCGUGAUAAUCACUGUUGGAUAUGGCUUGAUGCUUGCCGCCGGCCUCUGA